AUGGGGCACCAAUCAUAUGAGCGUCCUACCAAGAAGGCUGAAAUUCAUCUUAUGGAAGAAGAAUUUGAAGAAGUGGAGAGAGCACCAAUCUUUGAUGAAGAUGAAAGGGAACAUGAAGAGGAGUACUAUGAAGGUGACUGUGAUGCUGAGAGAAUUGCUCUAGAGGAAUUGCCAAAGGGUCUACCUCCACAAAGGGAUGUUCAACAUCGAAUUGACCUUGUUCCAGUUGCUGUACUCCAUAACUUGCCUCAUUAUAAGAUGCCUCCUAACAUGCUGAAUUACAAAGCCUCUUCGUACAGAAGGUUCAUUUGCAACUUUAACACCAUCAUUGCUCCAAUGAUGGAAGUGGUGAAGAAGGAGUUCCAUUGGACAGAAGAGGCUACAAGAAGUUUUGAGUUACUCAAGUCCAAGCUAGUUGAGGCUUUGGAUUUAAUCCUCCAUAACUUUUCCAAGCCUUUUCAAGUGGAAUGUGAUGCUUCAAAUGUUAGCAUUACAGCUGUGCUAAUGCAAGAGAAGAGGGCAAUGGUGUAUUUUAGUGAGAAACUCAAUGAUACAAAGCGAAAGUAUUCAACUUAUGACAAGGAGUUGUAA